CGAGUUCAGCCGGAUCCAAUCUGAGCUGGGCGAGCCGGUUGCGCCCGCCCUUUGUAGCCUUAACCGGAAGCUGAUGUCUGAAGCGUGGAGCGCGAAGAUGCGAAUAUGAACCCUUUAACUAAGGUGAAGCUGAUCAACGAGCUGAAUGAGCGAGAGGUUCAACUUGGGGUGGCAGAAAAGGUGUCUUGGCACUCGGAAUACAAAGACAGCGCCUGGAUAUUUCUCGGAGGGCUUCCUUACGAAUUGACAGAAGGAGACAUCAUCUGUGUCUUCUCACAAUAUGGGGAGAUUGUCAAUAUUAAUCUUGUGAGAGACAAGAAGACUGGAAAAUCCAAAGGAUUCUGUUUCCUGUGUUAUGAAGACCAGAGGAGCACAGUUCUGGCUGUUGACAAUUUUAAUGGGAUUAAGAUCAAGGGAAGAACUAUCCGAGUGGACCAUGUGGCAAACUACCGGGCUCCUCAGGAAUCAGAAGAUGUGGAUGAUGUGACCAGAGAGCUCCAAGAGAAGGGCUGUGGGGCUAAGACACCUCCACCAAGUUCUCCCGAGGUCUCUGAAGAUGAAGAUGUCAGACUCACAAAAAAGCACAAAAAAGACAAAAAAGAGAAAAAGAAAAAAAAGAAAGAAAAAGAGAAGACUGAACGCAAGGAACAAGCAGAGCUGCCAUCCUACUCUUUGUCCUCCAGAAGCAAGACAGUAAAGGAAAAGGAUGACCAUGGCCCAAAGAAGCACAGCAGCAGGAACUCAGAGAGAGCACAGAAGUCUGACUGUAGAGAGGGGAAGAAGCAUCACGCAGACUCCCCUGAUGCCAGGAGUUCCUUCCAGGGGAGAGCAGAGGACCCUGAGUGGGAGCCAAAGAGAGAGAAACCCAAGCAUGAAUAUAGGUCCUCAAGUAGGAGGGAGGGAGAAGAAAAGAGCAGAGAGAAAGAUAGAGGGCGGAGCUCAGGUACUCAUUCCAGCAGGCAUGGUGGCCAUUCUGAAGGGCGGAGUCAUAGAAGUAGAAGUAGAAGUUGGAGUCCUCCCGAUAAGUCCCAUAAGCAUAAGAAGCAUAGGCACUCUCGGGAGCGCGAGUCCUUCCAUGCCAGUGACUGGAGACAUUACUGAAGCCUCUCAGCUGCCCAGUUCUUUGAAAGUGAAUUUUGUUGCAUAAGUAUUAAAUUCUCUUUGUUAUUUCUGUAAAUAAUGUAUUGGGGCCUGAGUUCUUUAAAUCCUUUACAUGACAGAGUUGUUGAGACGGCUAUAGUUUCAGUAGCUGGAUAGCUUAGAUUUAAAAAAACCUAACAAACAUGAUCUAUUGUCCCUGGGCAAAUAUAUGAUAUUGACUAGAGUAUGUACCUUAAAUUUGUUUUAAUUUUUUGAUGGUUACAUAAAU